AUGGAUCGCCAAGGUGGCUGCAAAGCCCCACCAGGAUCACCCAAGUUCAUGCUACAUGCAUUUUUUGAUGUGGAUAUGGCCUGCAGUCGGCCAGAACGAGCGGAAGAUGUGUGCUCUGUCUUUGAUGGAGCUAGCUUUCAGGACAGCAAGGGCUGGCACGGGGUAGGGACAGGCCUCAAUGCAUCAAAUGCAUCAACUCUGUCCGAGGAAGCCCAAGAAACAACGGCGCUUGAACUUUGGGGAGAUUGCCCAGCAUUGCCGUGUCGGCGCCAGCGAGGUGGAGCGGCUGCGCUUUGUGCAACCUUUGGUGGUGCAGAGGAAGCGCUGAAGGUCAGCUUACUGGCAGACAAGCAGUACCUCUCAAAUGCAGGCGAUCCAAAAGCACCAGAUGUGCUCUACCCCUGGCCUAUCAGGGAUUUGGCAGAAGAAGUGCGGAAGCAUGAGGCGGGAAGCAACACUAUUGCCUUGAGAGAUGGACUGGAAUUCCUCAUCGAGGCCAGUGCUUCUGCACUCCCUGAAGCCACCCAAGUGGCUGUCUUUGUCGGCCUUUUUAGCGCCGCCAACACUGGCAGCGAGGCCAGAGUGGAGGAAUGGAUGGUGGGUGGCGGCACGCCACCAAAGCACAAUCCUUUGCGGCUUUGGACUAUGUUUACUCAUCAGUACACAGACUUUGGUGGUGUUGUGCAGCCGGAUGAAUUGGGAGACUCCUGCUUCGGGGAGGCAUGGCGGGCAGAGUUCUGUGCCAGGGUUUGGACCUGUUUUCGAUCUAGAGGACAUGAGGGAGGAGGUGGACGUUGGCGAGUGGCAGCAGCGGUUCGCUUUGCUGCUGGCUACCGCUUGGAGGCUUACCUUGGGCCUCCCUUGCCAUCCUGCAAAGAGUAUCUCUCAGAUGAGGUGCAGAGAAUGCAGCCUGCAGUCUCCUGGUGGGCACCACCAGUAGCAGAACAUGCUGCUCAGUCCCUCUCCAAUGUGGCCUCUCAUGCUGCAUACAUGCAGCUUCGGCUUCUUUUCGUGAACCGAGAGAAUUACUGGUGGGGUCGACAGGCUGAGGUGACUCCCACGAGCUGCUGGCUGGAUCUCAUGCAGGCAGCGGUGAAUAGCGCGAUGGAAUCUCCAGCAGCACGACCUGAGAGGUACGGCCUGCCCGCCGCAGCGAAUCCGCACGGACUGUGGCUUGAGUUUGGUGUCGGCUCUGGGAAGACCACAGCUGCCAUUGCUUUCCAGAUGCAAGCCCUGGUUGGGCAGGCUGCCAAAUUGCAUGGGUUUGAUUCCUUUCAGGGAUUACCUUCUGACUGGGAUCAUACGCACUUGGCAGCUGGAACCUUCUCAACUGGUGGACAGGUUCCGCCACACUUGCUGGAAAUGAAGAAUGCUAUUUGGGGAUGCGUUGAAGGUGUUGAAGCUCCGGGCUGGGUGCCCUCACGUGGUGCCUGGGUUGGCCGGUGCAACAUGAGAGGGAAGAACAAUCGGAUCUCCCAUCACCAGUACUUUUGCUACCCGGGUGGAGCGCAAUGGAGCUGGACCACUGUGCUGAGCCGUGAUUGCCCAAGAACAGGAGGCAAUGUCCAAAUCCAUGUGGGUCUCUUUUCGCAAACACUAGGCGAUUUGGAUCAGUUUGGUAAUACGCCUGUCGCAUUUGCCCACAUUGAUGUGGACAUUUUUCCAUCGGCGAUAGAGGUUCUUUCGAGGAUAGCAUGUCAGCUCAUGGCUGGCUCCAUCCUGGUCUACGAUGAGUUGGUCAAUUAUGUCGGUUUCGAGCUCUCUGGUGAAUACCGCGCAUGGGAGCAUGGGUCCCAGAUCAGGAAGCUGGAAGGGAGUCUGAUGAGUAAGCUGGAGCUGGUCAAGUCGCGCCGGGGCCGCGUCGUAGGUACAUUGCUUCUGCCUAUGGAAUAG